CUGCGCAUUACCGCGGCAGGGUGGGGCCUGCCAGACGAGCGCACCCGCCGCACAGCAGACAAAGGGGUUGGCCCGCGGGAGCGCACACGGCCAGGGUACGAGGAGGGGAGGCAAUAACACCAUGCAGGAGCUCCGGGGGGAGGAGGACCUGGCCGAGCAGGGCCCUCGGGGGCCACCCGGAGGUGAGGUCGAGGAAGAAGUGCCGGGCUCCCGGGGGCCACGUUGGAAAUGCCUGGAGCAAGACCCCGGCAUGGAGCCUGGCCCUCAGCUGGCCAGCCAGGGCUCCCAGAAGCCAGAUAUGUGUGGUGGCGCCCAAGUUGGUGAAACAGGUCGCCAAGAGUGCGUGGGGAGCGAUACUGGCGACUGCUGCAGCUCUCCCCAGUGUCCCAAAGAGACCAGCAAUAGCCAAAUCCAUCACUGCCUAUGGACAGAGCACAGCCUGAGUGUAGGCAUUCAGGAAGCAGCCAAUUCAUGCACAGACCAACAGCCUGGCAACAGCCACCAGGAGCCAAUGAGUAAUAAUCCUGGCUCCCAGGAGCCCACUCAGAAUGUGGGGCCACACACAUCAUGUGUGCAGUUAGGCUCUAUGGAGCCUCCACUCAGGCUAGCCUUUCAAAAUAAUCUGCAGGAGCCGUUUAGCCUCCAAAAGCCCCCUCUUCCUAUUUCAGGACUUCGGAAGCCACUCAAUUUGGGGCAAUCGGACAUUAGGGCUAUAUCUUCUCCUGAAAUGCCAAUUGGUCACCGGCCUGGCUCCGAGUUGCAUGUCCAGUACGGGCAAGAAGAGCUCCCCGACGAGGAGUUCCCGUUGCUCGUGGACGCGUUCUCUGUUCUGGGACUGCACGAGGAACAUGACGAGGAACCGGAGUUUGAAGGAGCGAUGUCGAGGACUCCUAGCCCGGAGUCUGAAGAUCUGUUUAGAGAGAUGACGAUGGAGCACUUGCUGAGCUGUGGACUCGGAGUACGGAGGAGAGGCGUUAACAUGACCGAAGGCGUACCGGUACCCAGUUCUGAACAUGUGGCAGAGAUAGUAGGACGGCAGGGCUGUAAAAUUAAAGCUCUGAGAGCGAAGACGAAUACUUAUAUCAAGACUCCAGUAAGAGGAGAAGAACCUGUCUUUAUUGUGACUGGCCGGAAAGAGGACGUUGAGAUGGCGAAGAGAGAGAUCUUGGCAGCAGCUGACCACUUCUCUAUCAUCCGCGCAACUAGAAACAAAAAUAGUGCGAUGGCAGGAGGCACCCAGGGACCACCAAAUCUGCCAGGUCAAACCACCAUCCAAGUCCGCGUUCCUUAUCGUGUAGUAGGGUUGGUGGUUGGUCCCAAAGGGGCCACAAUCAAAAGAAUUCAACAGAGUACUCACACCUACAUUGUAACUCCUAGCAGAGACAAGGAACCGGUCUUUGAAGUCACAGGAAUGCCUGAAAAUGUAGACCGAGCACGUGAAGAGAUAGAGGCUCACAUCACUAUGAGGACAGGUUCCGUAAUAGACAUCCAUCCAGAUAAUGAUUUUCACUCCAAUGGCACAGAUGUCUGUAUGGAGCUCUUUGGUAAUAGCUCUGCUGCUCUCUGGGCAAAGGUUAAUGCUCCUCGACGAGGAUCUGCAGCAUCACGCAAUGAGACUCUGGGCAGUACUUCUUCAGAGAGUUCAUGUUAUGGAACAGGCAGAGAGCAGGGACCAGCAAGCCCGUUUAGGCCAGUCCUAGGGGGAGGCUUCACACUAGGGGAACAGCACACUGUACCAGCUGCCAUAAGCACAGAAGAUUGUGAAUUUGGCUUUGAGUUUCUGUCUUUGGAUUUGAACACACCCACUGCUAUUUGGUCUCCAUUUGAAACAUCCAGUGGGCAGGGGCAGAACUUCAGUGGUUGCUCAGCACAGAGGCGAAAUAGUGGUUUGAGUGUCAACUCCACAUCUCGAAUUUCACCUACCCUUCCUGAACCAGCAGUUGGGCUAGAACAUCCAUUAGCACGCAGAAUUCACAGCGAUCCAAUUAAUGGUAUCUCUUGGCUGGCCACACAGGGCUCACUGUCCUCUUUCUCCAGCAGCACUGGCUAUUCCUCGUCUUCCUCUUUGCCAGGCAGCUCAUCUGUAGCCUCUGGAUCUCCCACAGACUCGAGCAGCUCUGAUGGCCAGCGCAAAAGUGGUCGAGACUGCGUUGUGUGCUAUGAGAGCGAAGUCAUCGCAGCGUUGGUGCCCUGUGGGCAUAAUCUUUUUUGCAUGGAAUGUGCAAUCAGGAUUUGUGAGCGUGCCCUCCCAGAAUGUCCAGCCUGUCAUACCCCUGCUACACAAGCCAUCCGCAUUUUCUCCUAGCUGCAUAUAACUAGUAACACUAGCCCAAUGAAAAGUCCAACCAUAUAACCCUUUCUUGGGCUCAUAUUUUACCCAUUCAUGACUGUUAUAUAAACUCUAUUGAAUAAUACAUUAAGCAUUCGGGCUGCUGGAAGCAACCUGGGCAAGAAUAACGUGGUGAGCUGGUUCUUGGUGCUGAGGGAGGGCAGAUUAUGUUUAACCUUACAAGAACUAUAAGAUUUACUUAAAAUGUUUACAGAACAACCUUAACUUUUAUCCCUCUCCUCAGGCAAUGUCUUCAAAGUGGAGACACCUGUUGAUCACAAGUAGCUCACACUACUUUUGGACCCCACCCCUCCUCCUUUUU